AUGAGCCCCUGCGGGCUUAACCUGAGCCUAGUGGAUGAGGCGACGUGUGCAACACCCAGAGUCCCCAACACAUCUGUGGUGCUGCCAGCAGGCGAUUCUGGCACAUCACCAGCACUGCCCAUCUUCUCCAUGACACUGGGUGCUGUGUCCAACGUGCUGGCACUGGCGCUGCUGGCCCAGGUUGCAGGCCGUCUGCGGCGCCGCCGCUCGGCUGCCACCUUCCUAUUGUUCGUUGCCAGCCUGCUGGCCAUCGACCUGGCAGGCCAUGUGAUCCCGGGUGCCCUGGUGCUUCGCCUGUAUGCUGCAGGACGUGCGCCUGCUGGCGGGGCCUGUCAUUUCCUGGGCGGCUGCAUGGUCUUCUUUGGCCUGUGCCCACUUUUGCUUGGCUGUGGUAUGGCUGUGGAGCGCUGCGUGGGCGUCACGCAGCCGCUACUCCACGCGGCGCGUGUGUCGGUUGCCCGUGCACGCCUGGCGUUAGCCAUGCUGGCCGCCAUGGCUUUGGCAGUGGCGCUGCUGCCGCUAGCACACGUGGGUCGCUACGAGCUACAGUACCCUGGCACCUGGUGUUUCAUUAGCCUUGGGCCUCGUGGAGGUUGGCGCCAGGCGCUGCUUGCCGGCCUCUUCGCUGGUCUUGGCCUGGCCGCACUCCUUGCCGCACUCGUGUGCAAUACGCUCAGCGGCCUGGCGCUCCUGCGUGCCCGCUGGAGGCGUAGCCGUUCUCGACGUUUCCGAGAGACCACCGGUCCGGAUGAUCGCCGGCGCUGGGGCUCACGUGGACCCCGCUUGGCCUCCGCCUCGUCUGCCUCAUCCAUUGCUUCAGCCUCCGCCACCCUCCGCAGCUCUCGGGGCGGUGGCUCGGCGAGGAGAGUUCACGCGCACGACGUGGAAAUGGUGGGCCAGCUCGUGGGCAUCAUGGUGGUGUCGUGCAUCUGCUGGAGCCCCCUGCUGGUGUUGGUGGUGUUGGCCGUCGGGGGCUGGAACUCUAGCUCCCUGCAGCGGCCGCUCUUUCUGGCUGUGCGCCUCGCGUCGUGGAACCAGAUCCUGGACCCUUGGGUGUACAUCCUGCUGCGCCAGGCCAUGCUGCGCCAACUGCUUCGCCUCCUACCCAUGAGGGCCGGUGCCAAGGGUGGCUCAACGGAGCUGGGCUUAACCAAGAGUGCUUGGGAGGCCAGUUCACUGCGUAGUUCCCGGCACAGUGCCUUUAGCCAUCUCUGA